UUACCCCCCCAUGCCUUCAGAAUUCCAGUCCAAGAAACCCCCUCUCCCUUUUAAUUCCAAGAUGCCACCCGUGGUAUGGUAUGUUUAUUUUCUGGAAUCACCCAAUGUAACUAUACCUGUCAGGCUGGUGAUAAUUUCCACACGAAUUAUGCCACUUGUUAUUUUAUCAUUUUUAUCUGCACUACUGUAUUUCAACAAGCAGUAUUCGAUUUUUUUUUGUGCCAGUGCUCCUUAAGUCUCAAUUCUAAUGCUACCCUUUCCAUUAUUGAACAAAGCCUAAGAAAAUACUGCUCUUAGCAACUGUCAAACUAUAUUGUCCCAUCCCUACAGAUGUGAUACUUUCUCAUGCUAUUCUAUAUGGCUGUCUUAUAAUUAGAUGCUUGAAAGUGCCAGUAGAGGAAGACUGAGCAUACAUCAUGCUGAUAUCAUGAAGUUUUACAUCCCUGAUGCUUUUCCUAAAGCUGACAUGGUGAAGUGGGAGUCUAAUGAUAUUCCAGGAGUGCGUAUGGUGGGGAAUCUCCCAUUCAAUGUGUCAAUCCCCCUUCUCCUGCAAUGGCUGGAAGCCAUUCCACAGAGAGCAGGGCCAUUUACUUUUGGUAGGACACCUAUGGCACUUGUGUUCCAGAAAGAAGUAGCUGAUAAUAUCCAGGCACCCCCUGGAGAUAAGGAAUGUACACGACUCUCUAUCAUGACACAGUAUUUGUGUGAGGUGAACAAGACUUACUUGAUACCAAGAAAAGUGUUUGUGCCAGAACCAAAGGUUGACGCUAUGUUGCUACGCUUUGUGCCGAGAGUAACUCCUCUUAUCGACGCUCCGUUCGUUGUUGUGGAGCAAGUAGUGAAAGCAAAUUUCUCAGAGAAGCGGAAAACCAUUCGAAACUCAUUACGAAACCUUUUUCCCGGAAAACCGGAGUUACUUGAGGAACUUCUAGAAAGGACUGGGGUGGACUCUACUGUACGUCCCCAGGAAGUCGGCUUUGAAGAUUAUGGCAAGAUCUGUCAAUCAUUCAUUGAAAUGUCACGUGAACAUGACUUGUCUAUCACGCCUCUCAGAGUGCGCAAGCCUGUUCCCAUCGCAACGGAGAAAUACAAAGAGACGGAUGCUAACGCUAGUAUCGCUAGUAACACUAGUGACCCAAGUAACGCUAGUACCACUACUAAUGAUAGUAGCACUGGUGACGCUUGUAGCACUAGUAACGUUAGCAACACUAGUAACGCUAGUAACACUAAUAACGCUGGUAAUGUCCCUAUAUAUCCAACUAAUGUCACAAAUUCAUGACGUCAAAGGCUAAUCAGGGUCUGAUCCGUGCUUCGCUGGCGCCAAACAGAGGAUUUCUGCAAAGUAAGCAUCUGUUCAAUGACAAGCUUUCAGACAACAGACGAUUGCUUUAUGUCACUCAAGCUGAACAACGCUUGGCUUGUGGUAAUAACAUUCCUUGUACGUCCCUCAUAUGAUGACGAUGCGUUAUAUUUUACCACGACUUUUACUGACGAAAGAGGAAUCAUAUCAUUGGAUGUAAACCAAAAGUAAUCAUUAUUCCGAUAAUGAUGUUUAAGAGAUUGAAUUGUGAAUUGAGGUUGUGACUACCGUCCAUGUUGGUUUGGAAGACUGCGGAUUCCAAAUGAUGAAAUCACAGAGAAAUUAUCGAAGCAUCAGUUUUCAGUAGGAAAAAAAAUGGCGGCUGCACAUUUUAGCGCGAUGCCAUGCGAGCCUAACACAGCCUAUUAGGCACAAGGAAAGCCGUAUUGCAAUAUUCGCCCCUGUACUAAUGACGUAGGGUAUGCUAGAUUUGAAGAUUUUAGAACUUUUCCGUAUGUUUUGUACGUGUUGUUAAGGUUUUCGUGCGUUAAGGAUUAUGGGUAAAUGUACUAGUCGCCAUCUUUUUUUCCCACGGAGGAUUGAAAUGUGACGCACUAUCACUUUGUUGCUGUAUGUAAAUUUUUAUAAGAUGGCUUGUAUCAGCUUGUGAUUGCUGUGUGCUCACCUUUCUGCUGGGGUAAAAAUUGCCAAUACUUUUAAGUUUUAAGCAACACUGAAAACAUGUUGAUGUCAGAAACAAGAAACAUGGGAACACUGGUACAUACCUUGUGUUAUCGUUGGAGUGUACCUGGUGAUGCUUUACUUUCAGAAUGGAUAGAAAUCUCGAUAAGACAAAUUUAGGGAGCAAUAAGACAUUCCAAAACCAUAAUAAUGGACAUGUUUGGUACUGAUUUUGUCAUUCUUACUUUUCUCUUGUCUCGCGCGAGAGCAAGACAUGAGAGUUGUCAAGCUAAGGGUAGGGAUCGGAAGUAAAUAAAUAUCAUUCGAGUGAAACAUCGUA